AUGACUCUAGAAAUGCUUAUAUUCCAGGUACACUUGACAGCUCAUUGCUCAGAUUACUUUUCUGAAAUGGGAUGGGGUAGAAACAGAUGUUUGCUCUUUCCCAAUAAAUUGCUACAUAUUCUGACUUCUGUGUCUUUGUUUACUUGUUCCUUCCAUGGAAUGUACACCCUCCACUCCAACACCACGACUCUAACCUUUCCCGAACACCUAUGUAACAUCAUCUUUAUCAGGAAACUUCCAAGCCAGUUUCAGAAAUGUUCCGAUCUCCUGACCCGUGUUCACACAGAGCUCCAGAACAAGACCAAGCUGACAGCGCUGGAAGGAGACAUUCUGGAUGAGUCAUGCCUGAAGAGAGCCUGCCAGGACAUCGUGGUCAUCAUCCACACCACCUCUGUCAUAGACGUCAUCGGUGUCACUCACAGAGAGUCUGUCAUGAACGUCAAUGAGAAGGGUACCCAGCUUCUGUUGGAGGCCUGUGUCCAAGCUACUGUGCCAAUCUUCAUCUACACUAGUACCCUAGAGGUAGCCAGGCCCAACUCCUACAAGGAAAUCAUCCAGAACGGCCAUGAAGAGCCUCUGGAAAACACAUGGUCUGCUCCAUACCCAUACAGCAAAAAGUUUGCUGAGAAGGCUGUGCUGGUGGCCAAUGGGUGGACUCUGAAAAAUGGUGGCACCUUGUACACUUGUGCCUUAAGACCAAUGGUUAUCUAUGGGGAAGAAAGCCCAAUCCUUUCUGCUGGUAUAAAUGAGGCCCUGAACAACAAUAGGAUCCUGUCAAGUUUCAGCAAGUUCUCCAGAGUCAACCCAGUCUAUGUUGGCAACGUGGCCUGGGCUCACAUUCUGGCCAUGAGGGUCCUGCAGGACCCCAAGAAGGCCCCAAAUAUCCAAGGACAGUUCUACUACAUCUCAGAUGACACGCCUCACCAAAGCUAUGAUAACCUUAAUUACACCCUGAGCAAAGAGUUCGGCCUGCGCCUUGAUUCCAGAUGGAGCCUUCCUUUAUCCCUGAUGUACUGGAUUGGUUUCAUGCUGGAAAUAGUGAGCUUCCUGCUCAGACCCAUUUACAUCUAUGGACCGCCCUUCAGCCGUCACAUAGUGACAUUGUCAAAUAGCGUGUUCACCUUCGUUUACAAGAAGGCUCAGCGAGAUCUGGCGUAUGACCCGCUCUACAGCUGGGAGGAAGCCAAGCAGAAAACCGUGGAGUGGGUGGGUUCCCUUGUGGACCGGCACAAGGAGAUCCUGAAGUCCAAGACUCAGUGAUUUAAGGAUGACAGAGAUGUGCAUGUGGGUGUUGUUAGGAGAUGUCAUCAAGCUCCACCUUCCUGGCUUCAUACAGAAGGUGACAAGGACACAAGCCCAGGUCCUGCCUCCUCCCUUUCACACAAUGCCCAACUUAUUGUCUUCCUCAUGUCAUCAAGACCUGCCCAGUCCCUGGCGCAACCAGAAACUUUCUGUCCUAAUCAUAUACCAGAGGACAGAUAAUGUGAUUUGCUUUUUCCAAACCUCAGUGACUGAUUCUGAAAAAUUGUGGUCCUUUUUUUUAAUUUUUUAUUUUAUUUUUUUUUUGAGACGGAGUCUUGCUCUGUCUCCCAGGCUGGAGUGCAGUGGUGCGAUCUCAGCUUACUGCAAGCUCCGCCUCCUGGGUUCACGCCAUUCUCCAGCCUCAGCGUCCCGAGUAGCUGGGACUACAGGUGCCCACUACCACAACACCCGGCUGAUUUUUUGUAUUUUUAGUAGAGACGGGGUUUCACCGUGUUAGCCAGGAUGGUCUCAAUCUCCUGAGCUCAUGAUCUGCCCGCUUCGGCCUCCCAAAGUACUGGGAUUACAGGUGUCAUCCACUGUGUGAGCCACUGCGUCUGGCUUGUGGUCUCUUUUAACUUGAGGGUCGCUUUUAACUACUAGAGCUCCAAUUUUCCUCUUAAAUGAGAAAGGAUUUCAUUUCUUUUCUUUUAAAUCUCCUAUUUCUUCACACGGUUCAAUGUAAAGAGCAACAAAUGUUUUAAUGCCUAACCUGGAGAGAGGCAUGGUUUCUGUUAAUAUAUACUUUCCUCGUUCCUUUUCAUUUCCAGGUAUCACCAUAUUUUACCUAGGAGAGUAGCAUGAAGCUGGGGAUGGGGGGUGGGCAGAGUCGCGGGAGGGUCAGGAAGGGCGGUGAAGACUGAAUGAGUUCUACUAUGUUUCAGGCAUGUACAACAUGACCUACAUAUGACAUAUAUUCCCUCACCGAAUACUCAUCAGAAACCUAUCAGGUGGGGGUGACUAUUCCCAUUUUACUGGUGAGGAAACUUGUUCACAGUCACACUAACUGAUUAAUGGCUAGGCAUUCUACCAGGUACUUGGCCUUGAAAGUCCUUAUCUUUCCACGGAAUCAGACAGCCUGGACUCAUCUUGUCGGUGGUACAGCAGAGCACUGGAGCAUGGGGUGGUGAUACUUGGGAGAGUCCCAGCUUUUUUUGGGUUACCUCUUUCUUGCCCAGUCCACAUGCAGGGGAAUCUCUAGAACCCAGGAGAAUCCCUGAGGGGUGUCUGAAAGAGUUUGCAUGCCUUUCCUAAUGGACCUGAGCAGGGCUGAGAGAAACAAAAAAUGCAUCCAGCCUCUAUCAGCUUCGGUGCCAAUUUCGUAGAAGGUCUCUAGAACACUCCUGGCUAUAUGUGUGUUGGCCAUUCUGAUCAUACAUAACCCUGCAUUUCACCCUUUCAAAUCACAAUGAGCCACACCAUGGGUUCCUGGGCAAGUAAAGAAAACAAGUGUGAACUUCCCCCAAAAUAUACCUUCUACUCAGCCCAAAAUUAGAAGUCUACUAUCCCACAUGCCGAGAUUUAAUGCCUCUCUCUCUUCUUUCUCCUUCUCUUCUUUAAAUCAUAUCCUUUCUCCCUUUAUUCUUCCAUAUCCUUAGCCUCUUUCUUCCCUCCAUCUCCUCCUUAAUCACUGGUUCUCUCAUUCUUCUCAAUUCCCCUGAAGAGAGGAGGCCAAUAAAGACAAGUUUGGUGACUUCAGUGAUGACAUAGUCAUUAACCAAUCAGUGAAAACACAGUCAAAAGAAACACUGUCAGGGGCAUCAGGGACAGAGCUGAACUGAAGCAGGUGUGGAGGUUGCUGUGGGUCCAGAGUGUGGGGACAAAAGCUGUCUCCCUCUGGACCUGGGUGUAUCACAGCAAUGAUGAGAGUCACACCCAACAUCAAAAUGGCUUCUUUCCUACACAGGAAAUUAACAGAUCAUUAAUCAGUUGAAUUUGAUUACCACAAUGGAGUUAGUUUCAGUGUUCAUUCUGAAGAGAAAAGGGAACCAUAUUCUGGCCCAGAUCAACAGGUUUCCACCACUUUCAAAACCCCAAGGAACAGAUAAUCAGCACUACCAUCAGGGGGGAGUGGCCCCAGGCAGUUGGGUAAGGUGAAAAAUGCAACAUCCCUCCUUCCCCAGCUGUGCACAAAAUGCAAGAGCCAGCAUCUCUCCAGUUCUUGUAAGGUGUGCUCACGAUCCAUAUGUUAAUGUCAGGUACCAUGGGAAUCAACGGAGGGUGGUGGAAUCAGGGACAAGAGCCUUUCCCCUGGUUUUUCAGCCUAGUGAAACCCUACACUUAUGAAACCACCAGGGUUAUUUUCACAGGGAAAGGAAGGAAAAGGACAGAGCUCCAACGGGCAGCGAGGGGAGUUCUAAGAAAGAGACGAGGGGGCCAGAUGAGUCAACAGUCUCAACUGAACAAGCACAAAGACCUCGGAGUGUUGUGGCCAACAAAAUACGCCAUCCCUUCUUACACCUGAGGGCACCAAGCAGGCAGAGCUCCUGCACCAAGCCCCACUGCACUUCACGUGGUGCACCACACGGAGGCAGCAAAGGCUAGGAGGGAAGAACAAGUAAGCCCGACCUGGCCGGGAUUUUUGAGUCCUUUUUCUCCACCAAGGUGACUUUGCAGGGUACCUAAUACAGGAUUGAAUGAAAG